ACUUGUAUCACAAAACGUCAAAAUAGUGUUGAUGUGUCAAAAAAACCGACGAACGUAAAAUAAAAAUGUAAAGUAGUAAUAGAAAUAUAUUAUAUCUAAGUAAGAAUAAUAAAAAUGGAAGUAAAUUCAACCAGUGAAAGUGGAAAAAAAGUUGCUUUAGAAAGUUUGUCCAGGGAAGACCUAAUCAAAAGAUGUGAGCGUCUUUUGAUUCUGGCUCAAAAAGCCAAACAAGCAAGAGAUACACUCCAGGAAGAAAAUAACGAAUUGAGAAACAAAUUGAAAGGUGAGCAAGACCGAAAUGUCACCCACGAAAUCAUUGAAAAGUUAACCCAACAAAAAUUGACCUAUGUAAAUACAAUCGAAGAUUUGAAAAAGCAAAACAGUAUUUUAAACAACAAACUUCAAACUUGUUUGGGAGAUCUACAUGUGUGUGCAGAAAAAACAAAUACCUUGGAUAGUGAAAAUGUGGCUUUCAAAAGACAAGUUAAACGUUUGACAGAUGAAAAUGAACAGCUUUUAUCCCAUUUAGAAUUAUUAGAAAAACAGAUGGAGGAAUGUAAAAAAUUAGGACUUGAGCAACAAAACCAACUACUUAUAUUGGAAAAAAGCAACAAAACACUUGAAGAUACUAAUCAAAAGCUACUAAAUGAAAGUUCCGUCAACAGUCAUUCUGCUGAGUUGCAGAAAAUGCUGAAUAUAAGCUUACAGGAAGUAAAGAAACUGCAAACGGAAAAUAACACACUGAAAGAAAAAGUGGAUGGUUUAAAAAUGAAUUUGUCUGAGAAAGACAAAAAUAUAUUAACUGUGAGUGAAGACUUGCAGAUCAAGAUUAAAUUAGUAGAAGACUUGCAAGUACAAAUAAAGGAAAUGCAGAACAGUCAAAUUGAAAAUGAAAAUGAGAGUCUGAAAACCCAAAUUAGACAAUUAAUGGAGAGUAAUGAAAGUCUCGCACAAGAAAAUACAGACACACAAAACCGUCAAUCAGUAAUGGAAAACUCACUUAAGGAGUUAGAAGUAACCAACAAAACAUUGAAGGAAAAAUUGAAAUCAUAUCAUGGCAAGAUUGUUAAGUUUGCAGGAAACAUCAAAGCUAUCAAAGAAAAUAAAAAUGAAAUUCUUGCAUUGUUCAAGACAUAUACAAAUCAAGUGGAAGAAUGGAAACAAGAGUUAGAUGUGGCAUCUCAAAAGUUGUGGCAACAUAUCAAUAACAUCACAAAUGAGAACAAGAUCCUCAAAGAAUGCAAUCUCAAAUUUUUAGAACAGUUAGAAGCACAUAAAACUGAUGAUGAAAAAAGUAAAGAACUCUGUGAACUGGAAUAUUUUAAAAAUGAAAACAAAAAAUUGGCUGAAGAAGUUGCUAAUCUACAGGGUUUACAAAAUGAGUACAAACUACAAAUCGAUGCAUUGAUUAGUGAAAAAGAUGAUAUUGAUCAAAACAUGGCAAAGCUUGUUCAGAAACACCAGGAAGAAUUGAAGGUUUUUGAUGAUCAAAGCAAGAAAGAUAUGACUGAAAUACAAAACCAAAUUGAAGAGAAUGAGAAAAUAUGUAUUGAGUACAGGAAAGUAAUAUCAAAAUUGGAGGAAGAUAAUGGUUUGCAUAUAAGAGAACUGGAUGAAUUAAAGCAAAAGAAUUAUGACCUUCAAGAAGCACUGGAACAUGCAAAGGAAACUGAGAAACAAAUAGCAGACAGAACAAGUGAAGAAAUUCUUAAACUGGUGCAAGAAAAUGCUGAGUUAUUGGAGGCAGAUCGCAAAUUGCAAGAAAAAAGUAACAAUAUGAAAGAAGCUGAUUCUCAGACUGACGAAGCUGUCUCUUCAAAAAGUGAACUAGAGGAAGCAAUAACAUCAUUAAAAAGAGAAAAUUCUGAACUGCUUACAGAGAUGAAUGAAAUGAACCAAGCAUUGAAAGAAAGAGGUGAAACAAUUUCAAAGUUUCAAGCACAUUGUGAUGAAGUCAUGAAGAAACUGCAAAUUUAUGAAACUCAGGCAAAUAGAAAUGUUGAUAACAUUUCGCAAAAAGAAGAAACCAUCAAGAAAUUAGAGCAAGAAAUUGAGCGACUUAAGUGUAAAGAAAACACAACAACAAUAGAAGCAGAUGAUGAUAAAAUUGUUAAAAAAGAUCUUGAAAUUUCAGAAUUGAAGAAUGAAAUAGAGAAUCUGAAAGAAAGAUUGAAUGCAAAUUUAGAUUCCAGUUAUGCAGAAAGCGAAACCAUGUCUACAUCAACAAUAUCAAGGUCAGAAGAAGUAAACAGACUGAAAGAUUUAGAAGGAUCGUGGGAAGAAAGAUAUGGUAAACUUAGGAGUUUAGCAGUCAAGUUGAAAGGAAAAGUUAGAGAUUUAUCUAAUGAACUACUGAAGGAACAGAAUGAGAAAAACGAUGUUCAACAAAAGUGCGCAAAUAAUAUGAAAACGAUAUCUACAUUACAAGCACAAUGUGAUACAUUACAGGAUGAGUUGGAAGCAAAUAAAAAGCAAAAUAAAGAGUAUCUCGCGAAUUUAGAUGCAACAGCGGCCGAAAUUUCUAAAGACAAGCAAAAGUUAGUAGAAUAUGAAGAAAUCACCACCAAACUUAGACAAGAAAUUGACGAACUCAAUCAAGAGAAAGCAAACACUGAAACUUGGAAGAAACAAAUAAGUGGAAAGGUGCAAACGUUUAGAAAAGAACUUGAAGCCAAUAAAGUUCUUAAAAAAGAAUUUGAAGCUAAAAUUGCAAAACUCACUACUGAAUUAGAAGCUAAAGAACAAGCGUUGAAAGCUGAAAGUGAUGGUCAUCUACAAACAAAAAGUUCAUUGGAACAUUCCAUUAACGAACGCAUGAAAAAUUCCGUCCUUAAUUUGGAAAUGCAAGAUUAUGAAAGGAGUGUGAAAGAAUUAUCGCAAAAAUUAGAUAAGAAACAAGAAGAAAUAAAUAAACUUAAAAGCCAACUAGACUCACAGAAAAGUACGUCAAAUGCAAUUAGAGAACAAAAUAAAUUGCUUGAAGAACGUACUGAAGAAAUGAAGAAUGACGUGAGUGCAACCCAUGCAGAAAUGGUCAAUUUAAAAAAACAGGUAGUUGAAUUAGAAGAAGUUGUAUUACAAAAGGAAAAUAAAAUUCAGGAUGUGACUCAGUUGAUAGAAGCUGUACGUUCCGAAAAUGAGGAGUUGUCUACUGAAUUAUCAAAGGUGAUAGCAGAACAUCAAAAACACCAAAGUAGUUUGAAGAAUGAAAAGGAACAUUUGAGAAGCCAAGUUCUGGGUCUACAACAGACACUAAGAGAAGUACAAGACACUCUAAAACUUAGAGAGGAGGAGUUAAAAAUUGUACAGAAUGAUUAUGACACCUACAAGGUUCGAGCGCAAAGCGUUCUAAGACAAAAUCAAAAUCGUAAUGUGGGUUUAGAAGAAAAGCUUGCUGAAGAAUUAUCAGCGUUACAAGUCAAGUGUGAAACUCUCACCUCUGAACUAAAAGAGUGCAGAGAUACCAUUGAUACGUUACGAAAAGAAAACGUUACUUUUCUACAAGAAAAAACAGAACUUUCUAAUAAAUUUGAAGAAAUAGCCAGUGAAAUGGAAGAUCUUAAGUUGGUGUAUGAACAGUUAUCCAGUAAACACCAGCAAACGAUCAUCGAACACGGAGAAACCGUCAGGAGUUUAAAAGUUCAUGCUGAAACAUUAGCCCAGUGUUAUCGACAACAGUUAUCAGAACAAGAAGUCCGUCAUAAUAGAGAAAUAAUCGAGCUGCAAAGUAAAAUCGAGAAAGCUCCGUCACCUACUGAUUUACCAUUCCCACCUCUUCCAACGAUGCAUCGCGAAGAAGGGGAGGGUUCUGAAAGUACCGAAAAUACUAACAAAAAUAGCAUGCAUCCGGUUCCGCUAGAGAGAUUACUAGGAACUGACGCUGACCAAGAAGUGGCCUUCAUUAAGAAACAGUUGAGUGAAGAAGAAUUGAAAGUGAUUCACUUAACUGCUCUAUUAGCAGACACUGAACAAGAUUUAGCGAAACAUGUACAGAUGAAUAAGCUUUUGAAGGAGGAAAUUAGAAGGCAACAGAGGUCAGUGGAGAGAGAAAAACAUGCAGAAAACUUGGAGUAUCUUAAAAACGUCGUUUUUAAGUUUGUAACGUUGCACAGUGGGGAUGAAAGAAGCCGAUUAGUACCGGUGUUAAACACAAUACUGAAGUUGAGCCCUGAGGAAACUCAAAAGCUUACUAUGGUGGCAAGAGGGGAUCCAGGUAUAAGAGGAUGGACCAAUUACCUUCCUUUGUGGCCAUCGCCGUCUAAACCUACAUAAUUUACUUGUUGUGUAAAUAAUUAUCAAAGUGUUUAUAAAAAAUAAAUUAUUUCUUAUUGACGUUU